GAUGACGCAAUCGCUGCGCGUACGCACAAUAGCGUAGGUUGGAAGUGGCCUUCGUCUUAUAAACACCAAACACAUUAUUGGUAGAGCCCAUAAAUACAGAAGUAGACUAAAAAGCAGAUAAUUUCAGGUUAACAUUGAUACUUUGUAAAUGUAACGAAAAGAGACCCACUUAGAAAUCGAGAAAAUAUACAUUUAUGUUUUCUUAUCUAACAAUGUGGAAUAUUUGUGUUACAAUUUGAGAUAAGCAGGUUAAAUGCCUACUUCUCAAAAGUAAGACAGUUAUUUGCCUCAUUCAUAAGUCUUUAUAUUUAAUUCAUAUUUAAGAUUCCAAGAAAAAUGUCUAAGAAAGUGGCUGUAGUGACAGGAUCUAAUAAAGGCUUAGGAUUCGCAAUAGUCAAGGCACUGUGUUCCAAUUGGAAUGGCACCGUCUAUUUAACAUCAAGAGACCAAAGGAGGGGACAGUCUGCGUGCGAGGAGUUAAAGAAUCUGGGACUAUCACCAGUUUUCCACCAGCUGGAUGUCACAGACGAAAGCAGCAUCAAGAAAUUCCGCGACUACAUAGAAGAGAAUCAUCAACAAAUAGAUAUUCUCGUUAACAACGCUGGUAUUUUAUUCUUAAAAGACGCUAAAGAGCCAAAGGAGUUCCAAGCCGAACAGACCGUUUCAGUCAACUUUUUCGCACUGGCAAACUUUACUGAGGCAAUGUUGCCGCUGAUCAAAAAUGGCGGGACAGUAUUGAACAUUUCGAGCUCAUCUGGCCAUCUCUCUCGGAUCCCUUCAGAGGCGUUGAGACAGAAAUUUAUAUCGGAGGAGUUAUCUUUGCAGCAAUUGAAGGAACUGAUGAACAGUUACGUGGAAUCUGUGAAGGAGGGAAGGGAAAUAGAAGAUGGAUGGGGUGACUCGCCGUAUGUGAUCUCCAAAGUAGGCGUGAACGCGUAUACCUUUAUGCUUAGUAGAAAAUUAGCUGAAAAAGGCAUCACGGUGAACUGCAUGCACCCCGGCUACGUGAUAUCAGACAUGACUCGCGGCGUGGGGUCCGUGACCCCAGAACAGGGGGCCCAACUGGCUCUGAAGCUGGUCUUGGACCCCCCAGGGACUGGUCUCUAUGUGUGGCACGACGGCACCGUAGUUCCUUGGGACGGCCCUGACCCGAGGGGUUUUAUUGACAAGAAGAUGUAACUCUAGGACCGCGA